CUACUUCCAAUCCCUCACUUCUAUUCGACAAAAUCCCAACCCCCUUUUCGCUCACCCGCACUCUAUCCGCGCCUCCAUCUCCUUCCUCCUCCUCCUCCUUCUCCUCCGUUUCUAGGGUUUCCUAGUUGUAUCACUUCCUGUACAUAUGUUGUUAGCUUUAAGGGUUUGAUUUAGGCAAGACCGAUUAUUUAUACCUAAAUAUCAUUUUUUUCCCCCGUAUUUGGGGACUUGAAUGGCACUGGGCGACUUGAUGCCGUCGUCUCCAUUUUCGCGAACGUCGUCGUCGGUCGUAACGAUCUCGAACCACUUGGAGGAGUGCGAGUACGUGGAUUUGGGUGGCGCGUUGGUGAUUAGGGAUAACAGUAGGGAUAAUUCCGAUGCUGCCAGUAGUAGCUAUGGCAAUGCCAGUACGGCCACUAGCAUGGCGUACUUGCCCCAUACUGUUGUUCUGUGUGAGCUCAGACACGAGGCUUUCGAGGAGUGCGGUUUCUCGGGCCGCUCGGACGGCGGCGCGGUCUCGAGGUGGCGGCGCAAGGACCGGACGAAGACAGUAUGUGUUGCACUUGUUCUUUGUUUAAACAUUAGUGUUGACCCGCCUGAUGUAAUUAAGAUAUCUCCUUGUGCCAGAAUGGAGUGCUGGAUAGAUCCAUUUUCUAUGCCUCCUCAAAAAGCACUUGAAACAAUAGGGAAAACAUUGGGCCUUCAGUAUGACAGGUGGCUACCAAAGGCCCGCUACAAGAUUCAACCAGAUCCUACUGUAGAAGAUGUGAGGAAACUUUGCACCACGUGGCGGAAAAAUGCCAAGUCUGAAAGAGUUCUAUUUCAUUAUAAUGGACAUGGUGUGCCAAAGCCAACUGCUAAUGGUGAAAUUUGGCUGUUCAAUAAGAGUUAUACACAAUAUAUCCCACUGCCCAUCAGUGACCUUGACUCCUGGUUAAGGACACCGUCAAUUUAUGUUUUUGACUGCUCUGCUGGUGGAAUGGUUGUCAAUGCCUUCAUGGAGCUUCCAGAUUGGAGCGCUUCUAGUUCUUCGGGAUCUUACAUGAGAGAUUGCAUCCUGCUUGCAGCCUGUGAAGCCCACGAGACUCUACCUCAGAGUGCUGAAUUUCCUGCUGAUGUGUUUACAUCAUGCCUCACCACGCCCAUCAAGAUGGCAUUGAGAUGGUUCUGGACUCGUUCAUUACUCCGUGACUCUCUUGAUUACUCCCUCAUAGAUAAGAUUCCUGGCCGCCAAAAUGACCGUAAGACACUUCUAGGGGAACUAAACUGGAUUUUUACAGCAGUGACUGACACAAUUGCCUGGAAUGUUCUACCACAUGAUCUUUUCCAGAGAUUGUUCAGACAAGAUCUAUUAGUAGCCAGUCUGUUCCGGAACUUUUUACUCGCUGAGAGAAUAAUGCGUUCUGCGAACUGUUCCCCGAUUUCAUAUCCUGUUUUGCCCCCCACACAUCAGCAUCAUAUGUGGGAUGCCUGGGACAUGGCUGCUGAAAUCUGCCUUUCGCAGCUUCCAACUUUGCUUGAGGAUCCCAAUGCAGAUUUCCAGCCAAGUCCUUUUUUCACAGAACAGUUAACGGCUUUUGAGGUGUGGCUUGAUCAUGGAUCAGAGCUUAAGAAACCUCCUGAGCAAUUGCCUAUUGUUCUUCAGGUAUUGCUUAGUCAAUCCCAUCGAUUUCGUGCUUUGGUGCUUCUUGGAAGAUUCCUCGACAUGGGACCCUGGGCUGUGGAUCUGGCCUUGUCAGUUGGAAUAUUUCCAUGUGUUCUAAAGCUGUUGCAAACAAUUACUCCAGAACUACGGCAGAUUCUCGUGUUUAUCUGGACAAAGAUCCUAGCCCUUGACAAGUCGUGCCAGGUUGACCUGGUAAAGGAUGGGGGUCACAUAUAUUUCAUAAGGUUUCUAGAUAGCGUGGAAGCAUAUCCAGAGCAACGUGCAAUGGCUACAUUUGUUUUGGCCGUCAUUGCAGAUGGACAUCGACGGGGUCAGGAGGUCUGUAUUGAAGCUGAUUUGAUACAUGUAUGCUUGCAGCACCUUCACAGUUCGUUUGCAAAUGAUGCACAAACAGAACCCCUGUUUCUUCAGUGGCUUUGCCUCUGUCUGGGGAAGCUGUGGGAGGAUUUCACAGAGGCACAAGUAAUAGGUUUGCAGGCAGACGCCUCCGUCAUAUAUGCAUCUCUACUCUCUGAGCCCCAACCUGAGGUCAGAGCAUCAGCUGUUUUUGCUCUGGGGACCCUUCUUGAUGUUGGAUUUGACUCAUCUAGAAAUGGUGGAGAUGAAGAAUGCGAUGAUGAUGAAAAAAUUAGAGCUGAGACUAACAUUCUAAAGAGCCUUUUAAAUGCUGUUUCUGAUGGGAGCCCGCUUGUACGAGCAGAGGUUGCUGUAGCUUUGGCACGCUUUGCCUUUGGACACAACAAGCAUUUGAAGCCAAUUGCUGCAGCAUAUUGUAAACCCCAAUCUAAUGCUGUGCUUAGUUCCUUGCCUUCUUUGGCCAUGAAGGGUGCAGGAAGUGUUUAUACUCCGCCACCCCAGUCCAUGCCACAUGGAAUUUUGGGUCCUUCCCAGAUUGGCCCUUUGUUGAGAGUCGGUGGAGACGGUCAAUCAACAGUUAGAGAUGGGAGGGUCUCCACCAGUAGUCCCCUCACAACUUCUGGUAUAAUGCAUGGAUCUCCACUAUCUGAUGAUUCGUCCCAACAUUCUGAUUCUGGACUGUUUAGUGAAGAUGUUAGCUAUGCGGUUGCAAGCCAUACAAGGCCGAGACCUCUAGACAAUGCAUUGUAUUCACGCUGUGUAUUGGCUAUGCUGACAUUAGCCAAGGAUCCAUCACCACGUAUCGCGAGCCUUGGUCGACGAGUACUAUCCGUUAUUGGGAUUGAACAAGUGGUAACAAAAUCUGUGAAGUCUACUAACAGCAGUGCUCGGCCAGGUGAACUCACAACUCCACCUCUUGCUGGCCUAGCCCGUUCAGCUUCAUGGUUUGAUAUGAAUGGAGGACAUUUGCCCCUUACAUUUAGAACUCCACCAGUUAGUCCUCCUCGCCCAAGUUACUUGUCGGGAAUGAGAAGAGUUUGCUCGCUAGAGUUCAGGCCACACCUAAUGAAUAGUCCAGAUAUAGGAUUAGCUAAUCCACUUUUGGGUUCUGGUGGCGAUUCUGGUGUUUCAGAGCGUAGUUUACUACCGCAAUCAACCAUCUACAAGUGGAGUUGCAGUCACUUCUCAAAGCCACUUCUUACAGCAGCUGAUGAUAGUGAAGAAAUGCUUGCCAGAAGAGAGGAGAGAGAGAAAAUUGCUCUGGACAAUAUCGCCAAAUGCCAGCGUACUUCGAUCAACAAAUUGCAUGAUCAAAUUACUAGUAGGGAUACAAAGUUUGAGACUAGUACUAAAACAAUAUUACUGCAACCUUUCAACCCGGUUGUGAUUGCUGCAGAUGAGACUGAACGAAUCAGGAUAUGGAAUUACGAAGAAGAUAAGCUGCUCAACAGUUUUGACAAUCAUGAUUAUGCUGACAAAGGAAUAUCAAAGCUCUCCCUUGUGAACGAGCUUGAUGACAGCUUGCUGCUUGUUGCUUCAUGUGAUGGGAAUGUCCGGAUUUGGAAAGAUUACGUUUUAAAUGACAAGCAGAAACUUGUAACUGCAUUUUCUGCAGUCCAAGGUCAUAGACCUGGUGUGCGAAGUGUCAAUGCCGUUGUGGAUUGGCAGCAGCAGUCUGGAUAUCUGUAUGCUUCUGGUGAAGUUUCAUCCAUUAUGGUCUGGGACCUGGAUAAAGAGCAGCUUCUUAAUUCUGUUCCUUCCUCAUCAGAUUGCAGCAUUUCAGCGUUGUCUGCUUCUCAAGUUCAUCCAGGUCAAUUUGCAGCUGGUUUUGUGGAUGGCUCUGUUAGACUCUUUGACAUUCGUGCACCUGAAUUGCCGGUGUGCACGACACAACCACACACCCAGAGAGUAGAAAUAAGAGUUGUGGGGAUCGGCUUUCAACCCGGACUUGAUCUGACAAAGAUUGUCAGUGCAUCUCAAGCUGGGGACAUUCAGUUCCUUGAUAUCAGACAGCUGAGGGAUUCCUACUUGUCAAUCAAUGCUCACAAGGGCUCUCUCACAGCUUUAGCUGUUCAUCGGCAUGCGCCCAUUAUUGCAAGUGGUUCAGCCAAACAGAUGAUCAAAGUCUUCAAUAUGAAGGGUCAACCAUUAGGGAGUAUGAGAUAUAAAAUGGGUUCUCUAAAUUGUCUCACCUUUCAUCCAUAUCAAAUACUGCUUGCUGCUGGUGCUGCAGAUGCUCUGCUAAUGAAACAUCUCUUGCAAGAUGAAUAGGGAUAUUUAUUUGUGUGACUGAAAAGCCUUCUGUCCGGAGGCCGCACAAGGGCACCAGCUAACCUUUGAAUUGUCGCCACGUUGACUUCAGGUACACUGUACACAACGAUCAUUGAGCUUGACUGAUCAUCGGCUAUUGUUUUGGGAAAACACAGUUUGGGCCCACAGUUAAAAUUGUACCGUACAUAUUCAUUAGCCUCCGGCAUUGAGGGUCAUCAUACAAGUUGGGAAGCAAUUCUGCAUAUUCGUUGGAGGCUUUGGCAAAUAAUCUGAUGUGUAAGUAAAGAUCGUGUAAAUAGUAAGAUCGUGUAAAUAGUCUCUCUUUCUUUCUCUCUUUCAACCCCACCCCAAAUUCUUGUACGUUAGUGUUUUUCCUUUUUCUCACCCUUUUUUAUCCCCAUCUGAUUGUAAAAGCAGCAGAAUUCUCAUUGUUAUAAUGGAAGCUUAUUUGAGAGGCAGUCUUGUGGUUUGAUUAAA